AAGUUUACCCGCUGUAAACCUCUUCGGGAGCAAGGCAAAGGAUGGGGAUUGGUACCUUGUGAUAAGAUCGGGAAAGGCGAUUUGGUUUUGGAAUAUGUUGGUAACGUAAUCGAUGCCAAAGAGAAAGAGGAUCGAUUAUCUGAGUGGGAACGUGAUCAUCCCAAUGAUCCCAAUUUUUAUAUCAUGAGUCUACGCGAUCAGUGGUACAUAGACGCACGUCACAAAGCCAACUUGAGUCGGUUCAUCAAUCACUCGUGCGCCCCGAACUGCUUUUUGACCCAGAUAAAUGUGAACGGCUACGCGCGCAAUGGUAUUUUUGCAAAACGUGACAUUCAAGCAGGGGAAUUCUUGAGCUACGAUUAUCAUUUUGACACGAAGCAGGGCGACCGUUUUGUUUGUCGUUGUGGGGCGAAGUCUUGUCGUGGCACAAUG